UCUUCUCAAACCCAGCUCCCUAUCGUUUCGCCCACCCCAUUUGGCCGGUCAGGUCAUUAUCUAUUACAGCUGCUUUCCUGUAAACUCGGACUAGGUGAUAUACGAUAUAUUGAAAGCUACCGCUUCGAGAUACGAAGUUGGCAGCUUGAAGCGCUGCUUGAACGCCAACAUGGACUAUGAAAUGGACAUCGAGCCUACAGGGCCCCAGGUCACAGUACGAGAGGCUGAACCCUACCGAGUCGAUUUCAAACUCAGCUCCGUCGACCUUGCCUUUGCCAACUCUCUUCGCCGCACCAUGCUUGCAGAAGUUCCUACCAUUGCAAUUGAUCUGGUUGAAGUCGAAAAGAACACGUCUGUUCUUCCGGACGAGUUUCUCGCCCACCGAUUAGGUCUCAUCCCUCUUAAUUCCAAAAACUGCGACCAGGACGUUGAGUAUACCCGCGACUGCGACUGUGAGGACCACUGCGCGCGGUGCAGCGUCACACUAACUCUGCAUGCGCGCUGUACAGGCGACGACAUCAUGCGCGUGUAUGCGCGGGAUUUGGUGGUUAGUGGCGAACGGGCGAAUGAAUGGGUCGGGAACCCAGUUAUCACUGAUCCAGAGGGCAACGGGCCGUUGAUCUGUAAACUACGACGUGGACAGGAGCUAAAAAUGACUUGUAUUGCCAAGAAGGGCAUUGCUAAAGAGCAUGCCAAGUGGAUGCCUACUGCAGCGGUUGGUUUCGAGUAUGACCCGCACAAUAACCUACGACAUGUGGAUUAUUGGUACGAAGAAGACCCUAUUAAGGAAUGGCCUGUCUCCCAUAAUGCUGCAUGGGAACAUGCUGCACCCCCGGACCAACCUUUCGAUUACGACGCGCAGCCCAACAACUUCUAUAUUGACGUCGAGAGCAUCGGUGUUCUUGAGCCGGAUAUGAUCAUCCAGCAAGGAAUUACUGUCCUACAGCGUAAACUCGCUUCUGUCAUUUCUGCACUGUCCGGUGCUGGCGAUGGCGACCGCAAUGGCGUCAUGGGUGGUGAGGAUGAAGAUAUGAUGGGCGUACGCAGUCCAGAUGCAUAUGAACCACCAGAGGGUAUUGAUGGAGGCUUCACUGCUUAUGCUAAUGGCGGUGCGAGUGCUUGGGGAGCAAGCGCAGCGACCCCUUACGGGGCGACACCAUAUGGAGGUGGUGGAUACGGCUUCUAAAUAAUAUAUCUUUUCAUUGGGUUCUCUCACUGCCAAUCUUGGAAUAGCAAAGACACCGAUGUGAAAACCGGGCGGAAAGGGAAACAUGAAUGGGUAGGGAAAAAGAGAAAAAGAAAGAAUCACGCUUUCAUAUUGAAUAAUUGCCAUCAACAAGCAUCUGGAGGGAGUUUUAGGUUACGGUACACCGGCGCGAAUGGGAUUUCACCUUUACUCGUACAAGUCGAUAGCUCUUUCUCGUUGAGUUGGUCGAUGUUAUAUUGGCUUUGUAUUUUAAGGACUUAUAUGAACAUGACAUACUAAAUUACAAUAUAAAAAGUCAAAUGAACAGAAUGGUUUAAAGUGCGUCUUCUGAUACCUACGUUAGACUAAUUUACAAUACCUCUUUUCAUGUCUGUCUAUUUGGGCCUUGUU